AUGGCCAUGAUAGUGGACGACAUGGAUUGGAUCUCCAACUUGCCGGAGCCCAUCAUGGAGCAGAUUCUCUCUCGCUACUUGCCGGCAUCUGAUUCAAUUCGCGUGAGCUUUGCAUCGAGGACAUGGGAGAGACUAUGGAAAUCACUACCUGUCUCUGAUGAUUUUGAUGUGAGACGAGAUGGCCGGCUGGACGAGUCAAUGGAGGAGAUUGUAACUUCCAUCGACGAAUCCUUGAGAAUAUUCCAUGAACAUGAAGUUCGAAAACAUAUCAUUCCUUCUUUUAGAUUGAGAGGGAGAUUUAGCGACGAGAUUCAAACUUUUCAUGUUGACUGUUGGAUGAAGCUGGUCACCAAACAUUAUGUCAAAAGGCUUGUUUUCUACAACUAUGGAAUACGAUGGUACAAAUUUCCUCCGGCUGCUUUUGAUGUUGGGUCGUUAGUUGCAUUGAGUUUAUAUAAGUGCGUUUUGAAGAGAGACUUGAUUCAAGGAAAAAGGAGCUCGUUUUGUUGUCUAAAGGAGCUGGAAUUGACUUUUGUCGAUUUGAAUGGGCUAAUCAUCGGGGACCUCGAUCCUUUCCAGAUGCCCUUCGCUUGA